AUGCCACUCUUCAGCGGACAGUGGCUGGGGCUGGACGCGCUGCUCCACCGCCCGCGGCCUGGGAGCAAUUCAUCGCCCAGCCGUGCAUCUUCAUUGCACACAAGCUCUUACCUGGAGACAAAUUCUCCCAGUCAACCUCUCGUCGAUCCAGUCUCGCCCACGCUGCCAUACGGAGAUGUCCUCAUCCAGGCAGGCGACUUCACCCAGUCCGACUCCUUGCCAGAACUGCAGGCCGCCGUGAACUGGCUGCGUGCCCAGCCGCACCCUGUUAAGAUCGUCGUUGCCGGCAACCACGACCUCCUGUUGGAUACGAGCUGUGACGACCGGAGAGGUGCUGGGGAUGAGCCUUUCAGUAUCCUCGCGGCGAGGAUGUAUGGGCGGGCACGGUACCGCAAAGCAUCGACGUUCUGGUAA